AAUUGAGACCCCAAAACUGAGAUUCCAAUUCCAUUGUCUUCUCUCACUCUCUCUCCAGACAGCAAUUCAAUUCACCUCGUGACAUGACACCCCACCCCCCGAAAUUCACGACAUUUUCUCACUCUCCCGAAUCAAUCCCAUUAUUUCCUCACCUUAUAUAAUCAUCAUUACUUCUUCCUUCCCAUCUCUCAAUUCCCAGACCUCUCCCUCCCUCCUGUGCCAUCUCAGAAGCGUUAUGUCUACAUGAUAACGGCGUUCAUGCUCGCCACAGCGAUUUCUACCAUCACUCAGGACUCAAUAUAUAUCUUGCAUUUAGCAUGAUCACAUACGACCAAGAUCCGGAUGUUAUUCGCUGGGGACUCGAGCUCUUUGAUGGCGAUCCUUAUUCUAAUUUUGGAUAUUGUGGUUCCAUCUCCCAACAUAAUACAGAUUGCUAUCCGGGGCAAUAUUUGAAAGGGUAUCAGUAUGAGGCAGACUGCAAUUAUGCAGGAGACCAGAACCUUAAUGUAGACAGCCUUCACGAACAACUAUCACAACUUUCAGUGAAUGAACCAAUCAAGCCCUACCAAGAUGGCAUGGAGCACCAAACUUCGUUUUGUUCACAGGAUUGGUACCCGCAUUCAUUGGGGAACUACAACUAUGUUGUCGACGGAUAUGAUGGUCAACAUGAAGAAGAAACUGUUUUGGGAAUUCCGGCUUCGUGUUGUAGUCCUGGAGAUGAAUUGUACUGCGAUGAAGAGUGGUCGAGUUCACUAGAACUAAUGGAUGAGCAUGCUUUUGAUGGUGAAGUUGGCAAAAGAUUGAACCAGAUGGUCUCUAUUCCUCACAUUCCAAAAAUUAACGGUGAAAUACCCUCAGUAGAUGAAGCAACUUUAGAUCAUCAAAGGCUUCUGGACAGAUUACAGGUCUAUGAACUGGUUGAAUUCAAGGUUCAAGGAGAUGGUAACUGCCAGUUCCGAGCUCUGUCAGACCAAUUUUAUCGUACUCCUGAGCAUCACAAAUUUGUCCGGGAGCAGAUUGUAAACCAGCUUAGGUCUCUCCCAGAGAUCUACGAGGGAUAUGUGCCCAUGGCUUAUGACCAAUAUCUGAUAAAGAUGAAAAAGAACGGGGAGUGGGGAGAUCAUGUCACGUUGCAAGCUGCUGCAGAUUCCUAUGGUAUAAAGAUAUUUGUCAUAACGUCGUUCAAGGAUACCUGUUACAUUGAGAUUCUCCCGAACAUUCAAAAGUCGGAAAGAGUUAUUUUCCUUAGCUUCUGGUCCGAGGUUCAUUACAACUCAAUAUAUCCUGCUGGAGAUUGCCCCAGGUUUCGGAUGAAGAAGAAGAAGAAGAGGUGGCAGGCUGCUCAACACGAGCAUGUUGAGUUACCAGAAGACUAUAACUGAUGAAUGCAAUGGCAAUAGCUAGGCACCUCAAGUUAACUUUGAUAUGGACUUAUUGGUGUUACUUGAUGACCUGAUGAUCCGGAAUAAGCAGCACGUCUGCAGGCGAAAGAGCUUGGGGCCACUGCUAACCACCAACUCUAUCAUCGACUAUCUCUACCAAGGCAACAAGAGCUGAUUCUUUCUGAAUAAAAUGAAAUCUGAGAGAGUGAAAAAUUUCUCUUGAUGACCAUCUUUUCUGUUGAUCUAUGAACCUUUAUAAUUUAGUUGAUGCAGUUUUAUUAGAGAGGCAGGAAACAUAUCAUGGAACUUUCCAUUUUUACUUGCCAACAUGGAUAAUUCCUUACUCUUUUUAUCUGCCUUUAUUUAAGAGGAUCAAUAAUGGUUCUUUAUUUAUCCCAUGAUAACUUGAACUCCCGACCUAUUGAAGGAAAAUUCCUUACUUUAUUUCAGGUGCUAAUGCUUCAAUUUCGUCAAGUGUUUUUGUGAGAAAACAUAAUGAUACUACUUUUUAUUUAUUUAUUUUUAUGUUUUACUAUGUUUUAUUUUAUAUUUUAUAUUUUAUAUUUUUUAUUCAUUCUCUUUUUAAAAUUUUUUUUUUGUAGUAGUACUACUACUAUAGUAUAGAGAACGUGUAUGAAAUCUUGCAUUUUCAGGAAUGAUAUUUAUACCAUUGAUUAAUCAACAAUUUAAUCAACAAAUUUAUACCAUUGUUGAUUAAUCAAGAAAUUGUGUAUAAAAUUGUUGAAUUCCACAAUUGAAGAUAAAGUACUCCAUAUAGUUGAAAUUAACUGCCUAGUGAGGAACCAAUCUUCUAGAAUAAUUCUUUCCCCCUACUCCUCGAGUCUCUACUUAGCCACAUUGGGCGACGCCUUAUCCACAGCUUCACUCAACUCAACACAACUCCCAUUUUCCUCUUCUUCAAUUCUCUCGCAGAAAUGGCUUCCGCCAACGCUAUCUCUUCCGCUUCCAUCCUUCCUUCUCCUUCUAAAGAGUGGCGAUUGAAGAACAGUAGAGCGAGCCAAUUGCGGCAGGGACAGAAGCAGAAGCAGAAGCAGAAGCAGAAGCAGAGCAAGAACCGGUUUGUGGUGAGGGCUAAUGCUAAGGAUAUUGCUUUCGACCAGAAAUCCAGGUCUGCCAUGCAGGCCGGCAUCGAUAAGCUCGCCGACGCCGUUGGCCUCACUCUCGGCCCCAGAGGGAGGAAUGUUGUUUUAGAUGAGUUUGGUAGCGUAAAAGUUGUGAAUGAUGGGGUGACUAUCGCGAGGGCCAUUGAGUUGCCUGAUCCCAUGGAAAAUGCUGGUGCUGCAUUGAUCUGAGAGGUUGCUAGCAAGACGAAUGAUUCUGCUGGUGAUGGCACCACCACAGCGUCGAUUCUUGCUCGUGAAAUCAUCAAACUCGGUCUCCUCAGUGUCACCUCUGGUGCCAAUCCGGUGUCGCUGAAGAGGGGCAUUGAUAAGACUGUGCAGGGUUUGAUUGUCGAGCUUGAGAAGAGAGCUAGGCCCAUCAAAGGAAGGGAUGACAUCAAAGCUGUUGCUGCAAUCUCUGCUGGCAACGACGAGAGCAUUGGAACUAAGAUUGCGGAUGCAGUUGACAAGGUUGGACCGGAUGGUGUCUUGUCAAUCGAGUCAUCUUCCUCCUUUGAGACCACGGUCGAUGUGGAAGAAGGAAUGGAGAUUGAUAGAGGAUACAUCUCCCCACAAUUUGUCGCCAACCCUGAGAAGCUGCUCGUGGAGUUUGAGAAUGCGAAAGUGCUAGUUACGGACCAGAAAAUUUCCUCAAUCAAGGACAUCAUCCCUCUCUUGGAGAAGACGACACAGUUGAGAGCACCUUUGCUCAUCAUUGCAGAAGAUGUCACAGGGGAGGCUUUAGCCACCCUCGUUGUAAACAAGCUUCGUGGCAUAGUGAGCGUGGCAGCAAUCAAAGCACCCGGUUUUGGAGAGAGAAGGAAAGCCCUUCUUCAGGAUAUUGCCAUUAUGACUGGAGCUGAGUAUCAAGCAACUGAUUUGGGCCUAUUUGUGGAGAAGACUGAUGUGGAUCAGUUGGGAACUGCAAGAAAGAUCACAAUCAGCAAAGAUUCGACAACGGUGAUUGCAGAUGCUGCCUCUAAGGAUGAGCUGCAGGCGAGGAUUGCUCAGCUCAAGAAGGAGUUGAGCGAGACUGAUUCUGUGUACGACACCGAGAAACUAGCGGAGAGAAUCGCUAAGCUGUCGGGUGGUGUUGCUGUGAUCAAAGUCGGAGCAGCAACGGAGACGGAGCUGGAGGACAAGAAACUGCGCAUAGAGGACGCCAAGAAUGCAACAUUUGCAGCCAUUGAUGAAGGGAUUGUCCCCGGAGGUGGAGCUGCGUUGGUCCAUCUGUCGGGUUAUGUCUCCACCAUCAAGGAGACGCUCGAGGACCCAGACGAGCUACUCGAUGCUGACAUCAUCCAGAAGGCGCUGAUAGCACCUGCGUCUCUGAUAGCACAGAAUGCGGGGGUGGAGGGAGAGGUGAUAGUGGAGAAGGUGAGGGCUAAGGAGUGGGAGUUUGGGUACAAUGCGAUGUCUGAUACCUUCGAGAACUUGCUGGAAGCGGGAGUGAUCGACCCAGCUAAGGUGACGAGGUGUGCAUUGCAGAAUGCAGCCUCUGUGGCCGGAAUGGUGCUAACCACUCAAGCCAUUGUGGUGGAUAAACCCAAGCCGAGGGCGUUCCCUGCGGCUGCUGGCUCUGCUACUGAUGCCCCAGUCGGCAGUUAUUCACUGUAGAAUAGGUUUUGAAAUGGGAAGUCACAUGCUUCUACUUUGUAGGAUUAAUUCAACGCGGGAGAGAGAGAGAGAGAGAGAGUUCCAGGAUUGUUGUUGUUGCCUAACAUAAAAACAGUUUUGCCAUUUGGAAAGGAAAUUGCAUUAGUUUAUCGCUUA